AUGGUUGGCAAUGGCUCCCGUCGGUCCACACGUAGAUCCAUGCCUUCUUCCCAUGGGAAGGCCAACCACCCACUGCCCAGGCAGGAGCAAGAGUUGGAGCUUAGAAGGACAGCUGAAAUGGUGCCUAUAUCCAAGAAGUCAGAUAACUUGCAUUUGGGGCUCCUGGGAGAGCACUUGAAUAUCCACCCAUCCUUGGAGGACACGGUAGCCAAUAAGAUCAAGAACAUGAUGUUCACAGAGCAGGGCCUGGCACUAAACACCAUCUGCCAUUUCCUAGAGAAGCACAGCAAGCUCUGGGGAAAGCAGGAGGUGUCGUAUGGGGAUGCUUCUGUGCAAAAGCUCCUCGAGUUCCUCAGCCUGGACCCCUGGAGGGUUGCUGAUAAGGCCUUCCUCUUCUACCUCUACGGGCUGAUCCUGCGUGAGUGCCUCAGCGUGGAGCAGGUGCAGUGCCACCUGGCCAGCCUCCUGGAGCUGUCCCAUGAGCACUCCAGCCAGCGGGAGGGCAUUGCACUGGCUGUGGGCCUGGCCUCCACCAAGCACUUUGAGGAGGUAUGGGCCCUGUUGGAGCACCUGGGCCGCACCAAGUUUCUGCGUUCAUCUGUCAUGUCUGAAGACAGCCAGGAUGAGAUCCUGAAGUCAAGUUUCCUCUCUGCGGCCAUCCUGCUCACAAGAUCACUCCAGGAAGAGUAUGGCUCCCAGAGGUACAAGUUCACUCAGAUCCCAGAGCUCAUCCAAUGCCUCUUGGGCAUCCUCCUGAAGGAACCCAACUCCUUAACCACCUUCUUCCGGCAGAAGGUCAUACUGGUCAUCUCAGGCCUGAGUCACCUGCCGCCCAGACUCAAACCCAUGCUCAAGUCCCAGGUCCUGCAGACCUGUCUGCAGAGCAUGUACAUGCUUCCCUCUCCUGAGGCUUUGAAGAGUGGCUCACCUUCUUUGGAGCAAGCCCCAGAUGUCAUGGUGGUGUACAAGAAGACAGAGCGUGCCCUUGAUCUGCUUCUCCAGAACUUCAUCACUGAGAACCCGAGCAUGGAUGAGAUUUGCUUCCUCCUGCAGCACACAGAGAACUGGCUGAAAUCUGACAAGAGCCACGAGCGCAGUCGGGCAGUACACUCCAUCUUCCUGCUUCUGCAGUAUGUGGCAGACUCGUUGAAGCUCGCUAAAGAGGCUGUGCCUUCUGUGCUGGGCCACCAGAUAGGCCUACUGACUCUGCUGUGGCGGGACAAAGAUGAAUACAUACAACAGCAUUCUCUCCGCUGUGUCUUCCUCCUCAUGCAGCUUCUGUUCCAGCAGAAGGGGAAGUUGGUGGAGUCCACAGAAUGGAGUAAUAUGAAGCCCUUUGAAAGCAACGCGCCUAGAGAGUGGGAGAUAAGCCUCUACUAUAUGGUGAAGACCUUCAAGGACAACCUGACAGUGGCACAGCACACACAACUGACCCUCACACUGGUGCACAGUCUAGGCAGCUCUAAUUACCUCCGCUGUGACCUUGCUGCCCAGCUCACACUGAUGAUCUGUGAGGAGCCUGGCUUUAGAAGGGAGCAGGUGGCUGAGAUCUUGCAAGGCCUGUUCCAGGAGCUGCCGUAUAUCCACUCCAAGAGUGUCCAGCAGACCAUAAGUCAUGCCACCAUGGCUCUGGGGACCCAGCAUACUCAGGAGGUGGUGGAGGUGGUCUUGUCCUUAUGUCAGCCCUCAGAGAGGUGGAUCCUACUGCUGUGGAAGGCCCUGGCCACCAACUACCGUGUGGCUCGUGAUGCUAUAACCCUGCUCUACACAAAGCUGAAAUUGCGGCCACCCAAGGGGCUUCUCCAGUCCACGUAUCAGGCCCGGCUGGUCUCCCUGAUGGCUCUGGGUACCAUUUAUGAGCUGCUCUACACCCUGGAGUACAGGGAGACAGUCCGCUGGGCUUUCGCAGGGAUCCUCAUGGGCCUCCUCACAGAACUCUACUACCUGCUGGAGGUGGGCUUGGUGGAGAGCAUCUUUGACUACCAGGAAGACAAUCUGGCCUCUAAGCCCCUCGGGCCCUGCAGGACCUGCCUGGAAGCACUCAAGGGCCUCUUUUGGACCAACAAGUACUGGGAAGUGUUUGCUGAUAUGAAGCUGAUCCAGGGCUGGGAGCUCUUGGGGCAGUUGGAAACUUUCACAAAGGGAGUGACCCUUUUGGCCAGGAUCAUGACUCACUAUAACUGCGAGAUCAAGGCUGUCUUGGGGCAGGCUCUUGUAUCCCUGAGGAGCUCUGAAGAGCGAGACAACAUCGUGGGCAUCUGCAUCAUAUCUGAGUUUCUCAACAGCCCAGAUGUCUCCCAGCAUGUGUCCCGGAAGGCCAUGGACAAAUCCCUGAACCUGGGCCUUUCCAACCGCAACCAGAUGGUGCAGGCUAUGAGCCUGAAGGGGCUGGGCAGCACCCUGAUAGUCCCUAAGAAGGUAACUCUGUUGAAAAGUAAGUUGAUGGAGCUGUUGGAAAACUUCCUAGAGCCUGAGUUCAAGGACCCGGUGGGCCUGAUGGAGAUCAUGAACCACCUCCUGCAGUGUCUAGGCAUCCAGGGCAUUGGAAUCGCCAGCCUCAAGAUCGCUCAGCGCCUUCUUGGCCUGUUCAGAGAUGAAAGGGCUGAGGUUCGGGAAGGUGCCAUCUUCCUGUUCGGAAGUGUCAUCUACUAUGGUGGCAAGAAGUUUCGGCUGAUCCUCAAGAACAUGGCUUUCCAGGCUGCAGUGCCCCUCCUCUUCCAUAUAGCUGACCCCUGUCCAGAAGUGGCCAUGAAAGCCAAGUUCACCUUGCUGCGCUGUGCCAUCUUGCUAAAGUGGGAGUUCCGGAAGGAGUUGUUCGGCAAGCUGGCAUGGGGCCAAGGGCUGGGCGCUGAAAAUGACAUUUUUGUCUACCUGAUAGAAAGCAACAUUGGCAGCUACCAGCAGUUUCUCAGUCAGGCCUUGGUGUAUCUGGACAGCCCCCACAAGACCCUGAGGCUGGCAGCCAUGAAGUUCAUCGGGGGAUUGCUUCAGGACUAUUUCACUGACCUCUGCUACCACUUGAAGAAAGACGAUGUGACCAUCCUUAAGAACUAUUUGGAGGCCCUCAGCUAUGACACAGACUCCAGGGCCCGGAAGUUCUACCUGAACUAUUGGAAUGAUGUCAUAGAGCUGUCUCAUUACGUGACUAGCUGA